AUGUUUCUAUGUGUUGCUGUGAAACGGUGUCACAUUCGCAGGUAUGCCACUGGACCGCGACCCUUAUCUCUACUGUCGAGGGACGCCUUUUUGGCAAGCUCUCAGAACAACUCGAGGUUUGAACAGCUUUCAAAGAUGGUUCUGUCGAGCCAUAUAAAGCUGAUACCAGAUGAUCACAAGCCAAUUGAUGGCGACCGUAUCAAUUCGGAACAGACACUCCCUAGAACGACGGAUUUCAAGUCCCAUGAAGAUUUGUCGAACGUGCCCUCUUGGAGAAGAACUCCCACUCUUUGGAUUCGUGUUGGUAAGAAAUUGAUUCGGUUGUACCGUGAUUCCGUGGUCUAUACCUUCAAACUGCAUCGUUCUGCACCAAGGAUAUCUCUCCCCAAGCUGCUUCAACAACUAGAACUUGGCGAUGCGAAAAGUGAGCCACUUCCAAGCAGGAAGUCCUUUGUGGAAAACGCGGUUAGAGUCAAGGAAUUCCGCAAGAUCCCGGUAUUCAUCUUGUGCUUGAUUGUCUUUGAGGAGCUGACCGCUGUGCUGAUGUAUAUCUGGCCUCAAAUUGCGAUCCACAGAUGUCUCGGAAUCAAGGGUUUUCGCAAGAUCUCCAAGAAGUUCGCCAGGAAAGACAUGGAUCUUGCAAAGCACCCGCAGUAUAAGACUGCUUACACUCUCAAUCGACAUCAGAAAUUGGAGUUACUGAACUCUUUAUUUGCAAAUAAGACCCCGCGCUGGAAGUUCAAUCUAUGGGCGAAGUUUCAAGUCGCGGAUAAACUGGAACAAGAAAUCUGUAAAACGUUGCAGUACCUAAUCAUCGAUGACUCUCUCCUUCUCAAAGAAAUUACCUCCGAGAAGAAGCUAGCACUGACGUACAACGAACUUGUGAAUUGCAUCCUUGAAAGACAGCUCUACGAGACACAUGAGGAUCUCAAUGAGAUGGUAAACGAUCCCAAGACAAGGCAGGUAUUAUUAUGGCGAUUAGUUAGUUACUUGUCUUUCAGGUUUGAUGGGGUCCUCACCCCCGUGUCCAACAUUUCUGGUUCAGAAGGCAAAACGUUCACGACUAAAUGGGGGGUUAACAAUGUCGCGCUGCUGAACUACCCGGGGACAACACCAACACUGAUCCAAUUGGAUCACUUGCCUCUGCUAACAGAAAGUAAUUAA